CUUUGAAACUGGACGCAGCGAGCGGCAACAAAACAGAAUUUGGUUACGACGCGGUCGCGCCAAAAACAGAUUUGAAAAAAAAAAUAAUUGGAAAAUUGUUGGGCAAAAAAAUUUAAGAUUUAAAGCAAACGAAAAAGCAUAUAAAAAGAAAAUAAAGGGCAAGUGCAGUGAGUGUGAACAAAGCUACAAUCGAUAAUCGACAAUCGAGAAUCGAUAACCGAUCAUUGCCAAGUGCCAGUGUGAGUGAGUGCCCCCGCCCCCUGACUUAACUAUUAACAACCAAACCCCCCACCACAACCACCAAGACUUCCGCACUCCCGAAGCCGUUGCAUGUGAACCGGCGAUCCGAUGAAAAUGGAAGAUCCCACCAUUGCCGACACAUACGUGCAGGAAUUCAAUUUGGAUCAUUUGGGAGUCGGUGUUGCUGGCAAUUCGGUGACUACACUGACGCCACUGGCAGUUGCCGCCAUUGGGCAUGUGAAGCGCGAGGAUCACAGUCCGCCACAGCCGGUGAAAUGGACAACAGAGCCGCCAGCGGAUGAUGACACGGAACCGUUGCCAUUACCACUGCCACACCCACAUACACAUCCACUACCACUGCCCAUUGCCGUGCCUGAAGCAGUUGCCGCUGGCGGAGAUGUUUCCCAGCUGGCCUCCGUGUCGCAUAUAAAGCUGCGCUCCUUCUCCGGCCAUCAGUGGCACAUAGAUGAGCGACGACUGCAGCCGCUCAGUCCGCCGCCCGAGGGCUACGUGGGCGGCCCGAUGGGCGGACAAGCGGUGCUGGUCAACACAACCUCUUCCUCAACCACCUCCUCCUCCUCCUCAGCCACCUCAGCUGCAGCUGCAGCGGCGGCUGCUGUCUCAGCGGCUGCCUCCGCUGUGCCUGGCGGUGUGCCCUCCACACCGCCUGAGACGCCGCCAGUGGUGGGUUCACCCACCGGCAGCGGCAGCUGCCCCAGUCAGGCCUAUGCCCAUCAUUACCAUGCCGGGCGCACCAAUUCCUCGGCCGUUGCCAGCGUUGCUAAUGUUGCGGCCGUGGGUCUCAGCCAGGAGAUGAUGUGGCUGCCAAAUUCGAUGCGAGCGGAACAACAGCCGUUGGAUUUGCGUCCGCUUGCCUGUCCCGGUUCCCAGGAAGAGGCCGAGGAGUGGGAACGGCAGCGAGAGUAUGCCAUGCAUGCCGCCGCAGCUGCGGCCCAUCAUCAUCAUGGCCGUCCGCUGAUGCAGAGCCAUCACCAUCAUCACCACCAUCAUGCCCAGAUGCUUGUGCAGGCGCAGACGCACACCCCGCACCAUCAUUUCCACAGUCUGGAGCACACGCUGCCCAUUAAUAUGCACACGAAUCCCGCCAACUCCUAUGCGGGCAGUCCGGGUCCCGUCUCCAGUGGCCAAGUCUGCUCCACAAUAACGAACUGCGGGCCACAGCUGGCAUCGGCUGGGAGCAGCAGUGGCGCGAGCAGCGCCUCAAAUUCACGCGGCUGUGUGCGCUCCAUGCUGCAGCCGUGUCGCCCCCUCUCCGCGAGCUCCACACGCAGCUCAAACAAUUCGCCGCACACGUGCUCCGGCGCGUACAGCAAUGCAACGCUGGAGGAUUGCCUCAACGAUGAUAUGCUGACAACGCUGACGGUGCGGGAGCUGAACAAGCGACUCCAUGGCUGCCCACGCGAGGAGGUAGUGCGUCUGAAGCAGAAGCGACGCACGCUCAAGAAUCGUGGCUAUGCCCAGAACUGUCGCUCCAAGCGUCUGCAUCAGCGCCACGAACUGGAGAAGGCGAAUCGCCAGCUCAAUCAGGAUCUGCAUCGGCUCAAGGUGGAGUAUUCGCGCGUCUGCCAGGAGCGUGACACGCUCAUGCAGCGACUGCAGCAGCAGAGAUCGGGCGCCGCAGCCGCCGGCGGCGCCGACAAUCAAAGUUCACCGGAGUUUUACCUAUGACGCCAACUGGCGGCGGCCUCAACAGCUUCCACCUCCAAUAGUAACUCGCAUUCGUUGCAGCAGCAGCAGCAGCACCAGUCGCAGCAUCGUGCCUCGCAUCCACAUCCGCAUCCACAUCCGCAUUCGCAAUGGCCACCGCAGCAGGUGGUCAACUAAACUAAUCGGGUAAAAUGGCGCCUUUAAAUAAUCCACAAAUGAAAAAGAUUCCAAAUUUAUUUCAAAAUCCCAUCUAUUUCGGUGAAAGAGUUCCGAGAAUGUAUAUUAUUUGUCUUUUAUUAUAA